CCUCCAACCUCACUUACACAGCUACUUUCGCGAUUAUUUCUCUCUUUUACCUACUAAAUAUCUCAUUUAGCAACAGAUGCAUACGAUGGCUCCACGUACUGAGGAAGAGCUUUUGUCAUACAGCGUCAUGGACCCGAUUAUGGUGGACGAACUGUCUCGUAAUCCCGUUCGGGACCCACAACCUUCGGACCCAUACUACGGUGAUGACUCGCAUUCAGCGGCCCGCGCGCAUAGGGCUACCACCUUACGCAAGAAACAUCAUCUCCGCUAUCUUCCCGGGCACAUCCUCGAUCAAGUCAGCGAAGAAGAUCGGAAAAUACCCGUGCGUGAUGGGUCCGAGAUCAUAGUGCGCAUUUACCGACCCGUUACAAAGCCAGCACAAGGAAGUCCCUUGAUUGUCAUGUACCACGAGGGUGGGUUUAGUAUGGGUGAUCUGAGCGACGAAGAAACCAAUUGCCGGCUCUUCAGUCGGGACCUAGGGGCCGUUUGCGUCAACGUUGAUUAUCGAUUAGCACCCGAAUAUCCCUUUCCCACUUGGAUUGAAGACAGUUGGGAUGCGUUGAAAUGGGCGGCACAAAACGCAACAUCCCUCGGCGCCGAUCCAUCUCUUGGCUUCAUCAUCGGCGGCGGUUCUGCUGGGGGCAACAUCGCCGCCGUUCUAGCACACAUAGCUCGAGACGAGAAGCUUAGUCCGCCAUUAACGGGUCAAUACCUCUGCGUGCCAACAAUCAUGGGUGUGACACCCCCUAAUUUGAUCUCACCAAGUUAUCGAGCGGAAUACCUGUCACAUCCAGAUGUCACCACAAAUGUAGACCCAGUGCUCAAGAUGACCAGCGCUGCCGAGUUCGCUCUGCACAUGCAUGGAAACCUGAAAGCUUCGUGGACCGAUCCUCGUCUCGUGCCUUUCCUAUAUGGGGGUCUCGAAGGCGGGCAUCGUGAUCUCCCUCCCGCAUAUUUUCAACUUUGCGGGAUCGAUCCGCUAAGAGAUGAGGGUCUAAUCUACGAAAGGGUUUUGAGAGAGGAAGCAGGCGUGAAGACACGGUUAGACCUGUACAAGGGAUUCGGGCAUUACUUCUGGACGAACUGGCCACAAUUAGAAAGAAGUCGUCAAUUUGUGGAGGAUACCGUUAAGGGCGUAAAGUGGCUACUAGAACAGAAGUCCUAAAGAUGCUCUACGUAGUUUAAAUAUAGGCGAAGCGAAUGACUUGAUUCGGCUCACAUUCAAUGAGGGUGUAUACAAGCGGUGCCUUCACAGAUUCUCACACUCGAUUCACAUAGGAAUUCGGGACAACCCUAAUCAGAAGAUGUGUUACGAUUGGAAUAGUCGGAUAAAGCUACGUAUCAAGAGGUAUAUGAAAUUAGUCCUCAC